CCAUUGAUCAGGCGCCGCUUAGGGCAGGCUGAGGGGGUCCUUGUUGGUUUCUCUGGUAACGGGACGCUAAGCAGCAUCUGCCGGCCGGGGAGAUGGCGGGAGCAGCAGCAGCAGCGGUGAGAGUACCGCGGGACGAGGUCACUCUGAACGCCAUCCACCGGGAGACCAUCCGCAAGGAGGAACGCUGCCACCGGCUGGUCACCGACUUCACCAUCAACCCCUUCCAUAAGAUUCAUGCGGUCACGGGGAAGCCGAUGGCGUGGCACGACAAUCAGAACGAGCCUAUCGAUGAAAACUUCCUGAAGGUUGUCCAUCACACUGCACUGGAACCCACCAAAAAAUACACCGAGCCUCAAACCACAAGUCAGGAAAUUGGGUGGAUCUCCCAGCCUCUGAUCAGCGUUGAUAGGACAGACAGACGCCUGCAUCACCACCGCCCUAAGACAGAGAUCACCACUUACAUGGAGUCAGCUUGGCGACUUAAAGAACAGCGUGUGAAUCUGCAGUAAUGCUUCCGUGAUAGCAUAGAAUUGUUAUAUCCAUCAGGUCAUCUCCCCUUUGGUUGUGAACAGUAUAGCUGAACUAAAGUGGUUCAGUGGCUGAAACCGAAAGUUGUAUCAUGUUCUACCGUCCACAUGGCAUCUUGCAAAUGAUUUUGACCAGGAAUAGCCCAAAUAAGAAUAAUAAAGCCGAUACACCUGAAUUAAA